AUGUCCCAGCCAAAUCCCCACGAACGUAUUCAGGUCGAUACGAGCGACGACGACUUCGACGCCCAGUCUCUCACGGGGUCCAAUCUCUCUUUCGCCUCGUCGGUGCGGGACUACUGCUAUGAGAAUGGCCGGCGCUACCACGCUUACCGGCCCGGGGCGUACCCCAUCCCCAACGACGAGGAAGAGCAAGACCGCCUCGCUCUAGCGCACCACUUGUUCAAGCUCAUCACAGGCGGGGAUCUGUACCGGGCGCCCCUGCUGCGCAACGGCGACUCGCCGCUGCGCGUGCUGGACAUCGGCACGGGCACCGGCCAAUGGGCUCUCGAGAUGGCGGAGGAUUUCCCCAAUGCCCAAAUCUUCGGCACGGACUUGUCGCCCAUCCAGCCGACCUGGGCGCCGCCGAACUGUCGGUUUUUUAUUGACGAUGCCGAGAGCGACUGGGCCUUCGCUCCCAGCGAGGCCUUUGACUAUAUCCAUUGCCGCAGUCUGGCGGGCGGGAUUAGUGAUUGGCCACGACUGCUACGUCAGGCCUACAAGCAUCUGAAGCCUGGGGGGUGGUUCGAGGCUCAGGAGUUUAACGCGUGGGUUACGUCGGACGAUGACACGCACAAGAAAGCGCCUCUGACGAUGGGCUGGCUGGAGCGCCUGAACCAGGCGAGUAUACAGUUUGAAAAGCCCUUAAACGUCGCUCCGUCUCUGGAGCAGUGGUUUCAUGAGGCUGGCUAUGCCAAUGUAGCCGAUGAUAUGAGAUGUCUGUGGCUGACGGACUGGGAUCAGUGUCCCGUCGGCGGCUGGGCCAAAAAUCGCCGUCUCAAAGAACUCGGCCGAAUCGGCAAAGCCGCGCUUCUCGAAGUGGUCGAGCCGUACACCCUGGCUCUGUUCACGCGAGUGCUAGGCGAUUCUUUUCCAGAAGCGCAGGAGUACAUGAAUAAAGUGCGCGCAGAGCUGAUGGGCGGCUCUUUUCACCUCUACGUGCUUUUCCACUACGUCUACGGACAGAAGCCAAUGUCUGAGGACCCGACUGUGGCCCCAUGA